AUGGAGAUGCCGCAUCUACAGCUGGAACCUGCCAGACUGAUGAGCUCCUUCUGUGCUGUGGAGAAGACAUUGUGGUGCAGCUGUUCCUUUCACGGGGUUCCCACACCCUCUGUGCAGUGGUGGAUGGAUGGUACUCCUGUGGACGUGAACAGUGGGCAUGGCCAGCUCCAGGUGACCUCUAUCACACUUGGUUCCUGGGACAACAGCACCCUCAGCCUGGUCAGGGACCCAGAAAUGGGCACAGUCCUUCUUUGUGAGGGAAAGAACCAACAUGGAACCCAUGGCUUGAGCAUCCUGCUGAUGUCAAGAAGGGGCCCUGUGGCUCCCCAGAUCUUCCUGAAAGCGCUGCUCCAGGGUGUGGUCUAUGCAGCCACGGCAAUCACACUACUUUUCCUCUGCCUCCUCCCCUUCAUAGUGAAACGUCUCAGGACCAGGCAGGUAAAGAAGUGUGCACAGACGAGAGCCCAGCAGGGCUCUGAGGCUGGGACAGACCAAGAAUCGAGCUGGGAAUUCCGAACCGAGUCACCUUCUGGGACGCAGCUCUCAGUGAAGGGAGAUAACCUGAAGCCAGUGAAGGCCGUGGAGACAGCAAACCAUCCAAAGUUCCCACUGUGCCCAGAAUUACAAAAACCCAUGGAGACCCCAGAAGCCCCAAGUCCAUAA